GGAAAAAAAUAGAGGCUGACGAUGGUGUGCGCGGUGCGGAGCAAGAGGAGCUUGGGGGAAGUUUGUCUAUGGGGAGUAUGAUUUGCAGGAAGUGGAACUGAAGCUAAAUGACAUGAUUGCACUUCAUAUUUGGAUCGACUGAAUCCUCCAAAGUUCUCCUGGAAGUGGAAAAAGGCAUCCGAGUAGAAGCAUCACUUCUUUUGGCGUGUCCUCCCCGUAGAGGAACAAGCAACAGACCCCUCGGACUUCAAAAUGAUUGAUCCUCGCAUCUACCUGCACUACAACUACACGGGCAAGCUGGACCACCGGCCCAGCGUGGACGCCAAUGCCGGCGUGGGCACCCCGGACACUAAGACGCUCCUGUUCCUGGUGGUGUGCGGCUUCAUCGUGCUGGAGAACCUGACGGUGUUGGUGGCCAUCUGGCGGAACCACCGCUUCCACAACCGCAUGUACUACUUCAUCGGCAACCUGGCGCUGUGCGACAUGCUUGCCGGCGUGGCGUAUCUGGUCAACCUGCUCCUGUCCGGCGACAGGACCUUGCACCUGUCACCCGCCCUUUGGUUUGUGCGCGAGGGCAGCAUGUUCGUGGCUUUGGGCGCUUCCAUCUUCAGCCUUCUGGCCAUCGCCAUCGAGCGCCACCUGACCAUGAUCAAAAUGAGGCCUUAUGAUUCCAACAAGAACUACAGGGUCUUCCUUCUCAUCGGCACGUGCUGGUUGAUCGCCAUUUCCUUUGGGGCGCUUCCCAUCCUGGGAUGGAACUGCCUGGGCGACCUCCCCGACUGCUCCACCAUUCUGCCCCUGUAUUCCAAGAAGUACGUAGCUUUCUGCAUCAUUGUCUUCAUGGUGCUGCUCCUGGCCAUGUCGGUGCUUUACGGACGCAUCUACAUCUUGGUUAAGUCCAGUAGCCGCAAGGUGAGCAAGCAUAGCAAUUCAGAGCACGCCAUGUCGCUGCUACGCACCGUCAUUAUCGUGGUGGGGGUCUUCAUCGCCUGCUGGACGCCCAUUUUUGUGCUGCUCCUGGUGGACGUGGCCUGCGAGCAGCGUCGACGCUGCCCCAUCCUUUACAAGGCCGACUGGUUCAUCGGGUUGGCCGUGCUCAAUUCGGCCAUGAAUCCCGUCAUAUACACGCUGGCCAGCCGCGAGAUGAGACGGGCCUUCCUGGGCUUGGCUUGCUGUCUUUGCUAUCGUGGCAAAACGUCGACGCCGGGCAGUGGGAACAGGCAAUGUUUGGAGGCUAGUCGGAGCCGGAGCAAGUCGUGGAGUAGCCAGAACAACCACAACCAGCAAGGCAGCAGGCAGGCGGGGCCGGACGUGGAGGCGGACUCUGAACUCGGGAAGGUGUCGGUGGUUGCGGGGCCGAGUGGUGCUGAUGCUGACAACUUCCUCCAGAAUGACGGGAACGAGUGAGAGGCCAGGCAAGGGCGGUCGUGACACCGUGACCUCUGGAUUUGACCCACUAAGUGACUACAACGUUCAAUUCCUUGAAAGACACAUUGACUGUGAGGCACAUCCUAUCCAAAUCCGGAUAAACAAUGCAACGUCCAGAAAUGGGAUCUUUGGAAAAAGCCCAGAAGAGGUUCUGGGCCACUGCAAUAGAAAAUAUCUUAUGAUACACACUACUUGCUUAAAGAGUCAAUUCCGACAUUCUCUGAUCCAAUCAGAAUUAGGUUUAGAAUCUAGGGGAAUUCAAAUCAUUUGAUUGCAGUGUAAACAGUUUUACCUAACAGAAGUGGGGAAAAUGCAUGUAUGCAUGUCAGAACCUCAGACCUGAAUCAGGCCUUAUCAGAUUCGGAAUCAGAUAGUUGCGAAUGUGUCUGUAGUGUAGACAGGACUGAUCAGAUAUAGUCUACUGAAAAGUAGCGGGAAAAAGACAUACAAUGAUCCCAGAACGUCAAAUGCAAAUCAGGAUCAAUAUAAAGCUGAUUGAUUCAAAUCAGCUCUGAAUCAAAUACAGUGUACACGGCCAGAACAAGUUUUUGCCAUUAACCAACAUUUUCCACAAAUCAGAUAGACACUAAAUGGGACUCGCUUGCAUUAAGAACUAGUGUAAACGCAGUCUUACAUGUAUUAAAGGAACCAAUGUCAGCAUCUUCCAAUAAUCUCAAUGUAGCAUUAUUGUCGUGAUUGUUUGAAACGAUCACAACCUAUUUAUUAUAUUCUUUCUGCACUAACUGACUGCACAGCUCAACAGCAUCACAUGCUUGAAUGAAAGGAGCUGCAGUAAUGAAAGACAUGAUGCCAGGGUGCCACCUGCUGGUUGUUAAAGGAAGUAAAUGGAUGGAUAAACUAUUAUAUUAUUAAAUCAAAUUACCUAUGAAAUUACCUUUAAAAGCAUGAAGUUACACUUUUGAGAGGCAUGAUUUAUUUUAUUUUUUUAAUGUGGAUGUGAAGCGUAAAACUGUGGCUGUUACCUCAUGUGGGCAGCGGAGGUCACGAACUGUCCCUGUGAUGCGCUCAGGGUCAUCCUCUUCAAAAUAAACUAGCAAUGUGGUCUGUCAAAAUAAAAAUAUUCAAGGUUAA